UCACCCACUGAACGAAAACGAAAAAAAAUCACAAAAAUUCUCAAGAAAAACGGAGGAAAGAAAACAAAGAGAAGAAACUGAAGCAGAAAGAAAAUGGCGUUGUAUCUCGACGAAGAAGAGAUAUGGAAAUGUCUAAAACACCCUUCAAAGCGAAGGAAGAUUGGUAUUUGUCCAGUUUGUCUCCGUGAACGUCUCGCUGCUCUCUGUCCUGACUGCGCUAACGUGCGCCCGUGUUCUUGUUACGCUUCAACUUCAUCUUCUUCAUCGGCGUCUUCAUCGUUUUCUCGAUUUUCCGUCACCGGCGACGGCGUCGGAGCGGUUGGUAAAGUUAACAAUCUCAUCGAUCGUGAGCCUCCGCUACGACGCUCUCGGUCUAUGGCGAUUCCGUUUCUCCGAUCGCGAUCGAGAUUCUCCGGCGCCGGCGGAGAUAAAGAAUUGGUACCUGAUAGAGAUUCUCCGGCGAUUAACGGAAGCAAGUCAGCGAGGUCGUUUUGGUCAAUUUUCAAGGCACAUAAGAGUAACAGUAACAGAGGGAGUGAAUCGGAGCGAGAUUGGGAGAUGAAGAAGGUGUUGACGGAGGAAAUCGACGGUGAUGUGAGUAGAAAGGCGGCGGUUAUGGCUAGGUCAAGGUCGGUUGCUGUAACGGCGGUUUCUGCCGGUGACGGAGAAUUUAGAGCGGCGCCACGUUCGAAGGGAAAGGGAUGGUUCUUUCCGAGUCCGAUGAAGGUUUUCCGGCAAUCGAAAGCUUCUAAAGUUGUUCAGGAACGUUCUCCUUUGUAUAGAGGUUGAAAUUGAAAUGAAAUUUUGUAGAUUAUUGAUAUAAUCAAAAAUAGUAACAAUAACUCUUACUAUUAACACAAAUAUAUUAAUUUUUGUUUUAUCUUUAUGAUGUUAAUCUUCAUUCUGAUUCUAC